AUGGAUCUCCAGGAAAGACAGCCUCUUUUGAACCCAUCAGUUCACUCUAAUUUAUCUACCAACUCUCAUGAAAACCCCAGUUUUUCAUCUGGGGAAACUCUCCCUCCCUACAAUACCCUACCAGGAUCAAACUACAGAAAGAACCUCAACUGGUCAAGCGCAUACAUCUUGGUAGUGUCACGAGUGAUUGGCAGCGGUAUCUUCGCAACACCAGGUUCAAUAGUCCGAUCUGCCGGGAGCAUCGGCUUGACUCUACUAGUAUGGCUAGUCGGGACGAUAUUAUCAGGCUGCGGUCUAGCUGUGUCGAUGGAAUUCGGGUGCAUGCUCCCUCGCUCAGGAGGAGACAAGGUGUACCUCGAGUAUACCUAUCCCCGACCGCGGUUUCUCGCAUCGAGCUUGAUAACUACCCAGGCAGUGCUCCUGGGCUUCACGGCGAGCAAUUGCAUUAUCUUUUCCAAGUAUACGCUCUUUGCGCUGAGUAUUGAGCCAACGGAGAUUCAGCAUAAGAUUCUUGCUGUUGGGCUCUUGACUGCCAUUACUAUCGUUCAUGGCUGUUUCUUGAAGACGGGGAUCUUUGUCCAGAAUGUUCUGGGUUGGGUGAAGAUCUUUCUCAUUGGCGCCAUGUCUCUGACAGGGAUAUGGGUUGUCUUCCUUCAUUUACAUGGCGAUACUGAUAAUACCACUCCAGGGUCGAUGGUCAGCAGUUCGAUUUCGUGGGACGCGAUGUGGGAAGGAUCGAAUUGGAGUUGGAGUUUGCUUUCGACAGCUUUGUUCAAGGUCUACUAUUCCUACGCCGGAUUGAGCAAUGUGAACUAUGUCCUCAAUGAGGUUGAUGAUCCGAUUGGGAUAAUCAAAACUGUUUGUCCCACGGCAUUGCUCACGGCGGGUGGUCUAUAUUUUCUUGCGAAUCUCUCCUACUUCCUCGUCAUUCCAGUCGAAGACAUCAAGAACAGCGGGGAAUUGGUCGGCGCAUUGCUAUUCGAGAAACUCUUUGGAGACCACGUUGGAAGAAUAUUCUUUCCACUUGCUAUUGCCAUCUCAGCUGCUGGGAAUGUGAUGGUGGUGACAUUUGCCCUGGCACGUUUGAACCAAGAAAUAGCCCGACAAGGCUUUCUCCCGUGGCAAAAUGUUCUCUCGUCUUCUCGGCCAUUCGGCACUCCACUGGGUGGACUUAUUGUCCAUUAUAUCCCGUCUGUCUUGGUCAUCGCUCUACCGCCACAAGGAGAUGUCUAUAACUUCAUCCUGGAUUUGGAGGGAUAUCCUGGAGUGAUAUUCUCAUUAGCAAUCACGGUCGGUCUGUUGAUACUGCGAUAUCGGGAGCCUCAUCUUCCACGACCCUUCAAGGCGUGGCUACCGGCUGUCUGGCUGCGCGUUGGGGUAUGCUUGAUCCUGUUAGUGGCGCCAUUCAUCCCACCGCCGAAUUGGCAAGGAGACGUUGAUUUCUUUUAUGCUACCUAUGCGCUUGUAGGCAUUGGAAUUUUACUCUUCGGGGUUCUCUAUUGGUAUGUUUGGACGGUGCUACUGCCACACUGGGGAGGCUAUACACUUGAAGAAGAGAAAGAGACCCUGGUGGACGGGACUAGCAUCGUGAGGGUUGUCCGUACAUAUGAUCUUUGA